GAACAAAAACAAGAACAAAAGCCAGAGAAACCAAAGAGAAAACUUAGUGAAAAACAACUUGCUGCAUUAGCUGCUGGAAGACAGAAGAACCCACGUUUGCUGGCGAAGAAAGCUAGAGAAGAAGCAAAAGCAAAGGAAGAACAAAAAGCUAAAGAAGCUGAAGCAAAGAAAGAGUAA